AUGCGCCGCCGCGCGUGGUUGCUCGUCGCCGUGCUUGGCGCGGCGGCCUGUGUCGCUGCAGCGCAGGCGCCCCCACCCACGGCGUACGACGCAACGUUCGCGCGUUUCCUCCCGCCCAUCUUUCGUGUCGUGCUCAUGACGGCGCUGUGCAUCCUUGGCUUCGGCGUGGACAUGCAGGUCCUCGCGUACUGGGGCAUGAACCCGUGGGGCGCGUCCAGCCGACCACCGGGCGCGCACCUGCCGCUCACGCAUGAGCACGAGGGCCACUCACUGCCAGAGGCCGCCCACCGCAGCGGCGCCGACACGCUGUACCUGCUGGCCGUGUGCCACGUCGCAUGGGCCACCGUGUGCUGGCUCUUUUACCGCGCCAACACGGAUCCCGCGACUGGCGCGCGCACGCUGUACGCGCAGGCAUGGGAGGCCGCUACGAUCCUAGGCCUUAUUGCGCUGUGGCUCGCGCCCGGGCCGUUCCGCCCGCUCCUUCGCGCGUGGCUACACACGCUCCAGCGCCUCGCGACGCCGUCGCUGCGGCAGACGAUCGCGUUCUCGGACGUGAUUGCCGCUGACGUGCUCACCUCGUUCGCCAAGGUGCUCGGCGAUGUGUGGCUCUCGCUCGUGGUGCUCGUGUACCUGUUCGCCGGCCAGCGCCUCGACGACCGCGAGCUAUGGCGCGCCGAGAUGCACCUGGCCGUGCCGGCUCUGAUCAGUGUGCCGUACGUGGUGCGCUUGCGGCAGUGCCUAUGCGAGUACUCUACGUCGCGCACGCACCCCACACGCUCGACGCGUCCCCUGUACAAUGCGCUGAAGUACAUGAGCGCCCUGCCUGUCAUCUGGCUGCGCUCGGCCGCGGCGCCGCCGUCGCGCGCCGUCGAGCUCCUUUGGUACGUCUCCGUGCUUGUGAAUACCCUCUUUUCCUUCUGGUGGGACGUGACGAACGACUGGGGCCUCGAUUUGCUGCACCUGCCGUCGUUCCGCGCCAUGCUUCAGCAGCCCCGCGCGCGGCUCCCCCCGCUGCACCGCCGCACCCCGUCGGAUGCGAGCGACGACGGCGUGGCGCUCAUGCAGCGCCACGGCGCGCACGCACGCCAGCCGAGCGUGCUGCGCGCGCCUGAAAAGCCGCUGCCGCUGCCCACGAGCGUGUACUGGGUGCUCCUCGCGGUCAACCUCGUGCUGCGCUUCACGUGGUCGGUCAAGCUCAGCUCCCACUGGCAGUACCUGCUCGAGUGGCAGCGCGGCCUGCUCCUCUUCGAGGCGCUCGAGCUCGUGCGCCGCAGCAUCUGGGUGCUCCUGCGCGUCGAGUGGGAGCAUGUGCGUACCACGUCCUCGUUCUACCGCCCUACUUGA